AUGGCUGCGCAGUCGACGCUGCGCAGCACCGCCGCUGAGCAGGCCAUCGCGGCCUUCUUCGACAAGUGGACCGGUGCCGCCAAGUCGCGAUUCCGCCACAGCUCCCGCGCAACCCGCAUCCUCGCGACGCUCGCCUUCAUCGCCUCCCUCGUCGUCAGCGCCGAGGGCACGCGCCGCUGGUGGAAGAGGAGCUCCCACGAGCACGAGCAGGGCCGCAAGCUGGUGCGCACCAACUCGUGGCUGCACAACGAUGAUGGCUCGCGCACCAUCUACGUCCCGUAUAAGCACGGCACCUCCAAAGUCACAAUCAACACCACUAAGCCUCUGACCUUUGAAGCCCACCGGCGGCUCUUUCUCAACCCACCCCGUGUCUCUGGCCUGGGCGACGCCGCGGUGCCUUCAGCUCAGACAAAGCCUGGCCUGAACCUGGCCUUCCUCCACCAGUUCCUCAGCCUCAUGAGCAUCAUGAUCCCGCGCUGGACUAGCAAAGAAGCCGGUCUGCUACUCAGCCAUGGCAUCUUCCUCAUGCUACGAACCUAUCUGUCACUUGUUGUCGCACGUCUAGAUGGCGAAAUUGUUCGCGACCUGGUUGCAGGAAACGGAAAGGCCUUUGCCUGGGGUAUCGCCAAGUGGCUCGGUCUUGGAGGAUUCGCAUCCUAUACCAACGCCGCGAUCAAGUUCCUCGAAUCCAAGGUGUCUAUUGCCUUCCGCACACGACUAACAAGAUAUAUCCACGAUCUGUACCUCAACGAGAACAUGAACUACUAUAAGCUAUCAAAUCUCGACGGCGGCAUCGGUCAAGGAGCCGAUCAAUUCAUCACACAAGAUCUCACUCUCUUCUGCGCCGCUGCUGCAAACCUGUACUCGUCUCUCGGAAAGCCGUUUAUCGACCUCUGCGUCUUCAACUUCCAGCUAUACCGAUCACUGGGGCCUCUAGCCCUGACUGGCCUGAUGAGCAACUACUUCCUGACUGCAAGCAUCCUUCGCAGAUUAUCCCCGCCAUUUGGAAAACUCAAGGCUGUAGAGGGCCGGAAAGAGGGCGAUUUCCGCAGUCUCCAUGCUCGUUUAAUUGCCAAUGCCGAAGAAGUCGCGUUCUAUGGCGGCGCUGACACGGAAAAGACGUUCCUUAACAAGGAGUACAAGUCGCUCAAGAGCUGGAUGGAGGGCAUUUAUAUGCUCAAGAUCCGUUACAACAUUUUGGAGGACUUUAUCCUCAAGUAUAGCUGGAGUGCUUAUGGCUAUUUGUUGGCCUCGCUACCGGUCUUUUUGCCAGCUUGGGGUGGCGUUGGAGGACUCUCAGAGAUGGUGGACCACGUUCAAAAGGGUGGCCGUGAACGCAACCGAAUGAAGGAUUUCAUUACGAACAAGCGGCUCAUGCUAUCACUUGCUGAUGCAGGUGGUCGCAUGAUGUACUCGAUCAAGGAUUUGGCCGAGCUUGCCGGCUACACCAGCCGUGUAUACACGCUCAUCUCUACUCUGCACCGAGUCCAUGCCGACGCAUACUAUCUGCGCAACGCACAAAAUGAGCUCUACUCGCUCUCCGACGUUCAAGGAACCAUUCAAAAGGGCUUUGACGGUGUUCGGUUCGAGCAGGUCCCCAUUGUGGCCCCCAGUCUGUGGCCACAGGGCGGCGAUGAGCUGGUAGACUCGCUUUCCAUGAUUGUUCGAAGCGGCGAGCACCUGCUAAUUUCUGGGCCCAACGGCGUCGGCAAGACGGCCAUCGCGAGAGUUCUGGCUGGCCUUUGGCCCGUCUACCGCGGCCUGGUCAGCCGGCCCAAGAACAUUGGCGAGGAUGGCGUCAUGUUCUUGCCCCAGCGCCCGUAUCUCAGCCCCGGUACUCUCCGCGACCAGGUCAUCUACCCGGACGGCCACUUGGACAUGCGUCUGAAGCGCAAGUCCGAGGAUGACCUGAAGCGUGUGCUGGACGAGGCUAAGCUUGGAUACCUACCCGACCGCGAGGGCGGCUGGGAUACACGCAAGGAGUGGAAGGAUGUACUGAGUGGUGGUGAGAAGCAACGUAUGGGCUUUGCUCGCUUGCUGUACCACGAGCCCAAGUACGCCAUCAUCGACGAGGGUACCAGCGCCGUUUCUAGCGAUGUCGAAGGACUCCUCUACGAAAUGUGCAAGGAGAAGGGUAUCACCCUCAUCACAAUUUCUACCCGCGCAUCGCUUAAGAAGUACCACACCUACAACCUGGUCCUCGGGCAAGGCGAGACCGGCGACGAGUGGGAGUUCGAGCGCAUCGGCACAGAGCGCGAGAAGCUUCAGGUGGAGAAAGAGCUGCAGGAGAUUCGCGAGAGGCUGGCACAGGUUGACGAGUGGAAGCAAAGACGACAAGACAUCGACAAGGAGCUGGCGGCAGUGUGGACGGACCAAGGCGAGUCCCUCGAGGCGCCCGAGUAUAUCGAGUCGUCCGAGACUGCUGGCGAAGAGGCGGCGGAGGCUACAACUGCAUAG